AUGGCAUACACAGGAGGACUCUGCAUGAGCUGUACCCGACAGGGUAUUCAAACUCUAUCUGUCCCUCAACAUCAACAAGUGAGAUCGUGCAUGUCUCCACAAAGCACCAUGCCUGCACAUCGAACAGGUAAAUAUCCGUGCCGAAUAAUGACGAGAUGCGAUGAACUACUGGGUUGUAGUAGCAACUCCUCUCUAUGGAUACCUCCCACUGGGUGGACUCCAUUGCCUGCUUCUGGAUUGCAGGCUGAUUAA